ACCGCAUGACGUUGUCAAUAACUCACAACGAGCAAAGUUAAAUAUUGAAAAGUGAGUAAGGUGAGCUGAAAGUUGGCAACUAUGAGAUCAAUCACUGCUUCAUUCCGAUAGCGUCCAUGGGUGGACCAGGUGAGAGGCAAACAGCCCAGUUACCACAGCACAGCUGAAUGGCUUAUCAUUUCAAACUCUAUCUGCACUAAGACUUUACUCCUUUUUCAUCGGAAUCGGUAUAUUUGGCUUUUUAUGAGGCUUUCAAUGAUCAUUCAUGUCAAGGGGAUCGGUUUUAAUCACCAUUGCGUUAGUCUUAUAAAUGUCUGCUAAACUCGAUAGAGAUUCACAAGUAGAUCUGACCCACCUAGAGGCACAAAAAGCAGGAUGGGCUGAGGAGAUUGAUGUGGAGAAAGUUGACGGACACGAGACCGGAGCAGAGAUGACGGCUGAGCGCAGGCUCACCCGCAGCCCGAAGUGCGCGCGCUGCAGGAAUCACGGAGUGGUGUCGCGCCUCAAGGGCCACAAGCGCGUGUGUCGCUGGCGGGACUGUCAGUGCGUCAACUGUCAGCUCGUCGUAGAGAGACAGAGAGUGAUGGCAGCACAGGUCGCCCUCAGGAGACAACAGGCCACAGAGGGUAAGAAAUGUCAAAAAAACAGCUCUGUUCUCAGACGCUCAGCGUACCAGCGCUUGUCACGAGCACCUAGUCUCCUGGCAAAGAGUAUUCUAGAGGGCUACAAGCCACCAGUGAUGGAGGACUGGCCAAAGAGGGUCCACCACACCCCAGUCAGUGUUCGGAUGAGGAAGAGGAGAGCCUUUGCUGAUAAAGAGCUGGACAGCGUGAUGCUAGACAAAGAGUUAAGACACAGAGAGAUGAAGGAGUUACCUACUGUCCUUCUCCAGGCUGUUGUACCCUCCACCCCUCUACCAUUUUUUUACCCACUGUCAGACCAUAUCAUGCCCACAUACAUCCAUGUACCCAGAACCGUGCCACAGUUGAUUGACUCUGAUCUCCCCCAUCUACAUAUGCUCAAGACCGUAGACUGUGGGGAGAACUGGGAUGUUGUCACAGAAAGCGAGUUGAGUCGGGAAGGUCUAUCAUCGCCUUUGGGCCGGUCGCCUGCACAUUGCUACAUAAUGAGCACGGGUGUCGACAUAGUUAAGACCUUGCCAGAGAGCGAUUCUGCUGAUGUGUCUGCUAUCAAGUCGAAAAGGUUUGCUCUUGACACCAUGUCAAAGCAAGACAUUGCACCUUCGCUGGCUAUGGGGGACAAAUUGGUACAAGAUAAAUUGCCACACAAACACAGCAGGUCAUCGGGACAUGAGGUACAAAUAGACUGUGUGGGGGGUGCAAAUCAAGACUCGUUCAAAAAAGCUGUAAAACAUCCAUUGCCGUUUUCUGUCGAGGCAUUGCUCAUGAGAUGAUAAAAGUUAUUUCUGUUUUACUGGA